ACAAACAAACAGUAGUAUUACAUACAGUGUACUUUUAGACAUACUACUCUGAUAAUAAAUGAUACAUGAACACAUUAUUUACAUGGCUAAUGCUGACAACAACAACUCAAGAUGGAAAAUUGCAAAAUGAUUAAUUUCGUAAAUAUCUUAAGUAUUUUCCUCUGCACUUUUUCUUUUUUUCCUUGCACUCUCUGACAGAACCUAUGAUUAAUAAUUAACAAAGGUAAAAACACAGCUUACAUUAUGGUACUGUAAAACAAGUUAAUGUCAAUGUUAUCAUUAGUGCAUAAAUCUACUUUCCCAUAAUCUAAUAUAUUCUUGCUUGUGAAAAGUUGUAAAUCAGGUUAAAAAUUACAUAUUACAUACACAAAAAAGUCGCUUUUUGGAUUUUAAUAGGCAAAUACUUCAGAUUCUAAGGAUGGAUCAUUAUUACAGUGAUUAUAUUUCUAUAAUGUUAUAUGUUUGGCAAUGAUUCUUUUAACCCUAACAGAUGGUGUGUAUAUCUUUUCAUUUCUUUAAACAACCAUGUAGGAAGACGUAUCAUAGCCAUAUUCCAGGAUGACAAUGCCAAUGUUCAUCAGGGUUAAAAUUAAGAAGAGAGUUCAGAGAGCAUAAAGAAUAAUUUUCACACAUGAAUUGGCAUCUCUGAGUCCUGACUUUAACCUCAGUGAAAGUCUUUGGGAUGUGCUGGAGGAGAUCUUACAGAGUGCAGGACUCUUGCAUUGACAAUACAAAAUUUUGACCAAAAAUUGAUUCAUUUCUUGAUGGAAAUAACAUUUAUUUCCAUCAAGAGGUGCAUUAACUUUUGGUCAAGAUCUAAAAAUAAAUAAAUUAAAAAAACUUUGAGUCAAAGUUAUUUUCUGUUGAGAUCAACAUAGUGCCACAAAUGUUGUAAAUAGAGCUAAACAUCUACUGAACCUGGAACAUCCCUUUGAUUAUGAUUAAUGAUUAACUUGAACUACUUUUUUUAUCUGAAGCAAUAUAAAUCAAGUACAAAAGACAGUGAAUCAGGACACUAUAAAAGGAACAUGAGAGGCUGUGAGGAUGACAGAGCAAGAGCUGGAAACAAACAUCAGUGAAGAAUGAAGGCUUUAGUAUGUAUACUGCUGCUGUUGGAAAGCUUUGUGUUUGUCGUCCAGCAGCAGGUAGAUGGAGGACUCAAUGAGAAUGAGAUCAGUCAACAGAUCAGCUCUGAGGACGGAAGACAGAAUCCACCUCAAACACACACUUUGAGAGCUGAAGCUUCAACUGACAGACAAUACUGUGAUCUGGGCAUCCCUGACAUCCAUGCAGCACUGAGAGAACUGACCGCCACCGUUACAGAGCAGAAAGGAAACAUCAGAGAACUGACCGCCACCGUUACAGAGCAGAAAGAAAUCAACAGAGAACUGACCGCCACCGUUACAGAACUGAGGGAUGAGAUGAACAAGAAAGAUGAAGAAAUUUCAAAUCUUACUCUGGGUCAAGUGGAGUUGAGAAAGGAAAAUAGAGACAGAGAAAUAGCUUUUUCAGCUGCACUGAUGGAAUCUGGCAGUGGAUAUUUUGGUCCUUUUACCACUGAAAUCACACUAACCUACAGGAACGUCUUCACAAACAUAGGGAACGCCUACAACCCAAUUACAGGUGUUUUCACAGCCCCACUGAAAGGAGCGUACAUGUUCAGAAUCAAUGUAACUGGUCGUCGUGGAAUUCAUUCAAGUGCCUCCAUUUUUAAGAAUGGAAAGAAGGUGGUUUCAGGACAUGAUGAGCAGGCUCAGGAUUGGUUAAACUCCUCAAAUGGAGUUGUGUUGAUCCUGGAGGUUGGAGAUGUUGUCUAUGUGAGACUUUGGUCUGGUAGGAGGUUAUAUGAUAGCGUGAGUAACUACAACACUUUCAGUGGUUUCCUGCUGUUUCCCUUAAGAGAACAGGAGAUUUGCAGAAUGUGAUUUCAAUCAUUCUGAACCUUCAGUGUAUGAAUUAAGAUGAAAAUUAUGAAGAAUGUUUAACAUAUGAACCUGUAUUAAUGAGGACUAAUGUGUGUUUGAUAUUUGCAGUAGAUUACUGUAUAAAAGUCAGUAUAAUAUAUAAUAUUCAUAAGUUCUGAUCUGUCUGUACAUGUAAGUUUGUAUAAAGAGUUUCAGCACUGAGACAGGCAGGACCCAUGAAUAUCACAUGUGACUCAAAAGUGUUUUGUUAAAGUAGUAAAUCUAAUAAUGUUAAAUAAUACCUUUUUAAGUGCAUUUUGUUACUGAUUCUUGAUCUGUAUCUCUUCAUCCUACAUAAAUAAAUAAGAGAAUAAA